AUGGUCAUCAACCUGGGAAUCAACAUGGGCAAUGGGCAUCAACAUGGGCACCAACCUGGGUACUGGGCAUCAAUGUGGGCAUCAACAUGGGCAUCAACAUGGGCACUGGACAUCAACAUGGGAAUCAACAUGAGCAUCACCAUGGGUACUGGGCAUCAACACGGGUACUGGACAUCAACAUGGGUACUGGGCAUCAGCACCACAGACCGAGCUCUCACACUGGGCAUCAACAUGG